AUACGUGGAAAGAACCCACCCCGCGGAUUCAUAGACAUUUCAAGAUAUUUGUUAAUGAUGGACCAUGUUUCGAGACGCUGUGGAUUCAGCCGAUCGCGUUUAACAUUGUUGUUGCCAGAUUGCGGUUGUUCUUCAGUUUCAGCCACCAAAGUAACGAUCCAGGUGCAUAAACGGGGUUCUCUCUUCCAGAUAGGAUGAAAGCUCGAGACACUUUACCCUCCUCUUCCAGCUGAACUUGCUAGUGCCUAGGGUGGGACAAUACACCUCCCCGUUGUUUGACUGUCAGGGACAUCGAGUGACGCUUUCCGACUGUCCCCUGAUCGGAAUUUUAGUCCACGCCUGGGAUUUGCUGUUGUGGGACUCGCUUCAUGGAGAGAGAGAAGCGAUAUCGUUUCAACUUGUGCCAACACAGCUUUCAAAUUUAGGACUACAUGAUAGCCUGCUGCAAUUAACCAAACUCUUAGGCCAUAUUUCCAAGACAUCUCUGGAAUAUAUUUGGGUUCACACAUGGAAAAGAAAAAGAACAAAGCGAACUGGGUUCGCUCGCCGCAACUUCGAAGCCUGAACUCAACUAUCAACUCUCCUCCCAGUGGCAGCAGCGCCAAAGAGAGAGUGCACAGUGUGGACCCGUAUGGCUUUGAGCGGUCAAAGGACUUUGACUAUGAGUCGUAUGAGGAGCUGAUGUCAGAGUACCUGGCCGUGCUCACCAGAAGGUCCAUCAGGUGGUCCAAGCUGCUGCAGGGCCGGGGACGGCUGGAGAAGAGUAUCAAGGUGAAACGGUAUGUGCGUAAGGGCGUGCCCAACGAGCACCGAGGGUUGACCUGGAUGGCAGCCAGCGGGGCCCAGGAGCACCUGGAGAAGAACCCAGGCUACUAUCACUCUCUACUGGACACUACGAAGCAACAGCACGACCCCAAGCUGGUGGACUCCAUACGCACAGACUUGAACAGGACCUUUCCUGACAACGUCCAGUUCCGCAAGACGUCGAACCCGUGUCUCCAGAAAACCCUGUACAACGUGCUGCUAGCGUACGGACACCACAACCCGGCUGUGGGCUACUGUCAGGGCAUGAACUUCAUCGCUGGGUACCUCAUUAUCAUCACUAAAGAUGAAGAGAAAUCAUUCUGGCUGAUGGACGCUCUGCUGGGCAGGAUACUACCAGACUACUACACCCCGGCCAUGCUGGGUCUGAAGAUGGACCAGGAGGUUUUAGGGGAGCUGGUGAGGACCAAAGCCCCAGUUGUGUGGCAGGCCAUGGGGCAACACAACGUCAUGUGGACCCUGGUGGUCUCCAGGUGGUUCAUCUGCCUCUACAUAGACGUCCUGCCUGUAGAGACGGUUCUGCGUAUCUGGGACUGUCUGUUCUACGAGGGUUCUAAGAUCCUGUUCCGUGUGGCUCUGACAUUGAUAAGGAACCAGCAGGCUGAGGUCCAGCAGGCUGGUUCCCUGCCUGACGUCUGUGACAGCUUCAAACACAUGACCAGAGGCCCCUAUGUAGAGGACUGCCACACCUUCAUGCAGAAAAUCUUCACGGAACCCGGAAGCCUCUCCAUGGCAACCAUCACCAAGCUCCGGGAGAUGUGUCGAGCACGCAUCAUCGCUGAGGAGUCCUGACCCCAUCCUCCUGACCUGUCAAACAAACACUACACAUUCCGGGCUGGGUCCCAACACUCCUUAAUGGUCUCCUCUCUUUGGCUCCUAUCCCUCACUGUUGGGACAGUCCCUAGACUGUUUUGCACUGUUUAGCCUGACUACCAUGUAGCUAUGUAGACUACCAUGUAUGGAGACCACCAGAGGUGAAAGUAAGGCGGUACGUCCGGUAUGGAGUACCGGCAAAAUAAUUAGUAGCUAUCCUGUGGAGGUACACCGUACUGGUUAAACAUGAGCCUAUCACAAUAAGGAACAACAAAGACGGAAAGGAAACUUUUGGCUAUUACACUAUCAAUACCACAUGAAAGUCGCAUGAAAAAAAAACACAAUUGUGAAUGGACAUGGAAAAACGUAUGGAAUACGUUCCAAAAUGCGGUGUGGUUCGGCCAUAAGUGACAUUUUGCAAAGGCAGAGAUGAUUGGCCGAGACCGAGGCGGUCGGACAGCAGUGGACAUAAAUGCAGGUUACCAGUCUGCUGUAGCCCUGAUGAAUGACCAUCACUGGAUAUCAUUCAUUACACCUUUUUGCUGUCUUUCCAUUCAUCAAAUGGCAGGUGCACAGUGCGCUGUAGAGAUGCAGGAAUUCAAAAUGGUUUUCAGUCCAGCAUUGGUCAUAAUCUGUGUUUGGGAAACCACCCCUAGAUGUAUUUAGUUCAUGUAGACCUGAAUGUAUACAUGUAGCUAGAUAGAUGGCGUGCUUGUCUUAAAUCUCACCCUGCUAACUGACGAUUCCAUUGUGUCCCCCAAAUGGCACCCUAUUCCUGACGUAGUGCAAAAGUAGUGCACUAUAUAGAGAAUAGGGUGCCAUUUGAGCCACAACUCAUGUGAGAUUCAUGUUGCCGCCUGAAGCUAGUCUUAACUGGAGGAAGACCAUUUCAUUUAAGAAAAAUAUUUGAAUUCUAUGACUUUGCACUUUUCUCCUCCAAGAGUGGAUGAGAUCACUGAUGACGUUGGGAAGUAGACUUUACGCGUAUGGUACGUUGUUGAGCGUAUGGUACGUUGUUGAGCGUAUGGUACGUUGUUGAGCGUAUGGUACGUUGUUGAGCGUAUGGUACGUUGUUGAGCGUAUGGUACGUUGUUGAGCGUAUGGUACGUUGUUGAGCGUAUGGUACGUUGUUGAGCGUAUGGUACGU